AUGGCGCGCAUUGGUGAGCCGGAACUGGCCCCUCCGCCCGCCCUCAAGCCCCUGCUCCGACCCUCGCUCCGCUCCAUCGGCGUUCCUGAUGUGAGGGACGUCCUCGCCGUCUACCUGUGGUGGCUGAAUCAGCAACGCUUCCGCGCCCUCGUCGAGUCCGACCUGUCCUCGGACAUCGCUUCCUCAGUACGGUCCGUCUAUGGAGACAAUGGAGAAGAGCACGACACCGCAUUUCCAUCGUCCGAGGAAACAGCCUUCGACACACGGUCGACAGCCUUUGACUUGUGUGGCAUUGGUGGGCAGUUCGACUAG